GAUCAUUGUAUUACCAAACAAACAACUAGACACAAAAGAGUACAGAGAUUGAAACAAUCAAGAAACGAAAUCUAACCCAGACAAUCAAUUGAUGAAAAAAUUAAAAAUAAAGGAAACCCCAAAUCAGGAGUGGUCACCCAACAUUCUAAUGUUGAAUAAUGUAUAUGGAAUCAUACACCCACUACUUCCUAGGAUAAGAAAGUAAGGCUAGGAAAGAUUGAAGCUGAGUGGCAAUAUUUAAAUAACCUCCCACCAUAGGAUGAAUGAUCCUUUCCAACAAAGUUCCCAAGAAAAACUUUAAUAGCUUGAUUUGAGAGAUAAAGUGCACAAAAAAACAGGUCAUAUGACUCAAGCUAAGACCUUUUUUUUCUCAAUAUUGUGGGAUUUCUUUUCAUAAAAAGUGCCAUCUUUGUUUGCCAAACGAAUGAUUGCCACACACAAGGAUAUGAGAUCAAUCAACACCUGUACUUAAAAGAAAGCAUGGAAAUAUAUGCGGAAGGGAGAGAAAUCACUCAGUUUCGUUGUAUUGUUUACAUCAUUAUAUAUGUCGUUUACAAUCGUUGGAUGAAUACGGCAAUCACCACAACAUACAUCUAAUGAUUGCAUCUUGCAGAAUGUUAGAUCCAACGAUGUAAAUAUAUACUUAUACUUGUGCGAACAAACGUAAACAUGUUAACCAUAUUGAAAAAGGACCGAGGCUCAUUCGAUAAAAUAAGAAGAAACCAAUCUAAUGGAAUAGUGGAAGCUAUCGUCCUCAAAUCUCAACUUGUUAUGCAUGACAACAUGGGGACAAAAUUAUGCAUGGGAUUAGCAAUUUGUGGAGUGACCCGUGCAUAAGCUUACAAAAAUAUGACCUAAUUUUUUCAGGUUAUUACAUGAUCUUGUACAAGGUGGGUUGGUUGAUGUUUUGCUUCCCUUAAUGGAUUUGUAAAGUGUGUAUUAAGUACCUUAUCUUUGCUUACCUCUUUUUAUAGCUUUACCAUGUAGCUUGGUUUUUUGCUAGCAAUAGUGCUAUGUGAUGGAUGGGUUCUCUAUGCCAAGGUAGAAUUUAAGAGAGUGCAUUUGUUGAGAUCGUGGUUGUAGACUUGUAGUAUCAAGUUGCUGAUUUAUAUGGUUGUUGAUUCAUAUUUGAUUAGGAGUACUCGUGUUCUUACGACGGAGAACUUAUUUAUGACUCUGAUAUCUCUCUUCACGAGUUUCCUAAGAGCACGUCAUGAUCGAAUAAUGUUUUCUGGUUAGGGUUAGGUUGCCCAUGUUAGCCAAUUAGGAAGUUUUUUGUUAUAGUGACAUUAUUUUCUUAUGAUAAUACGAAAAAAAUAGUAUAGAGAAGCAAAGAUGGGACUUAAAAACCAUUUUGGUAGCUAGUGAAAAGUGAAGCGGUCGUUUUGUUAUGACUACAAAGUAAGUGACCAUUUUCUCAUUUAGCCCUGACGUGAGAGACCGGCCCACCCAAUAUUAGAAUAAAUCAAAGGCCCGGGCUAGGGAAUCGGCCCAUAAAUUUGUUUAGAUCGGCCCAUACUUCGUCCAGUUGUGGUCCAACAUCAACGUCCAUGGGGACAAGAGAUUAACUCCGCCCGCUCCACGACAAAGGAAUCAAACGGCUCGGACUCUCCCAACCUCAAAAACCUCCAAAAACAUCUACUAAACCUAAAGCGACUCCUUCCUGAAUCCUGAUCGACCGGCUUUGUCUCGAUUUCAUCUUCUGCAUUGCAAGCAGAAGCUUCCAGCGAAAAGCUUCGGAUCAUCAGCGACAAGUGAGAGAAACGAUGUCGGUCACCCUCAACAAUGGCUUGAAGAUGCCCAUCGUCGGGCUGGGAGUGUGGCGAAUGGAAGGGAAAGAGAUUAGGGACCUAAUCCUGAACGCUAUCAAGAUCGGCUAUCGCCAUUUUGAUUGCGCUGCUGAUUAUAAGAACGAGGCUGAAGUUGGGGAAGCGCUUGCUGAAGCUUUCAAGACUGGUCUUGUGAAAAGGGAGGAACUUUUCAUCACUACUAAGCUGUGGAAUUCGGAUCAUGGACAUGUUCUGGAGGCUUGCAAAGAUAGCCUGAAGAAGCUUCAGCUCGAUUAUCUGGAUCUCUACCUUGUUCACUUCCCUGUCGCCACCAAGCAUACCGGAGUUGGCACGACAUCUAGUGCUGUGGAUGACGAAGGCGUUCUGGAAAUCGACACAACCAUAUCGCUGGAAGCUACUUGGCAUGACAUGGAAGAACUUGUUUCCAAGGGUUUAGCUAGAAGCAUCGGUAUAAGCAACUAUGAUAUCUUUCUCACCAGAGACUGUUUAGCCUAUUCGAAAAUCAAGCCUGCAGUGAAUCAAAUCGAGACUCAUCCAUAUUUCCAACGUGAGUCUCUCGUGAAAUUCUGUCAGAAGCAUGGCGUCUCAGUGACAGCUCACACCCCUCUGGGGGGUUCUGCAGCUAACACCGAAUGGUUCGGCUCAGUCUCCUGCUUGGAUGAUGAUGUUCUCAAAGGUUUGGCUGCGAAAUACAAGAAAACACCUGCUCAAAUUGCACUAAGGUGGGGGAUCCAGAGAGACACAGUUGUCAUCCCCAAGUCUUCCAAGGUUGAGAGACUAAAAGAGAACUUUGAAGUUUCCGACUUUGAGCUUACCAAAGAGGAUAUGGAGCUGAUCAAGGGAAUGGACAGAAAGUAUCGUACCAAUCAACCUGCCAAGUUCUGGGGUGUCGAUCUCUAUGCUUAGAUUGGUAUCUUGUCUCUGGUUAUCUUUGAGACCGUUGAAUCUAUCCUGAAUAAGGAGCUGGACACAUUUCUAGUGUACUCAUCCAUUUAAGAGUCGAGACUCAUUUACAAUUUAAGAGUUUUACGGGCUAGUUCAAUUAAGCGACUUCUUCUUGAUCAACCUCUUCUUGGUAUCAACCAUUCUUCAUGAACUGAAUGGUUAAAGGUCGUCCUAAAAAUUACUAACUAUCGUCCUAAUUUAAUAUGUAAUUUACUGAAUUGCCAAUUUUGAAUUUCAAAAUCAAACACAAAACAAACAACCCCUCCCCUUCCAUAAAUCUAAAAAAAUAUAAACCAAAAUCCAACAAAUUAUCUUAUGGACCGAACCAUAAAUCGUAGUAAAAGAAUAGAAAAUUAUUGAUAUAAACCAAACAAAUCCAAAAAAAUUCCGAAACCCCUCAACCGAAGCCAAUUUUCGGUUGUACCAUGGCUCAACCUAAGGCAAUUUUCGGUUGGUCCAUGGUUUUGGGUUUUUUUGAAAAAAAUCGAAUUUUUACCUCGUCGGAGUCGCUACUCAUGAUUCGGACGUAUUACCAACGAUUACGACUCGAGAAUGUCAACGAUGAAUUCGAGAGUGUGGGAAAUUGAGUGUUUUUCAUUUUUUUUUAGUUAAAGUGAUGUUUGUUUGCUAAAGAUGACAAAAGGUUAAAAGUGUAACUUUGUUAUCUUUUAGGACGAUCAAUAAUAAUUUUAAGGACGACGUUUAUCAAUUCCCCUUCAUGAAACUCUCCUUCGGCACGUUCACCUUUUUCAAUUUGUUAAAAAACUUUUGUAUCCCACAUGAACAUCUCCAGCUUGGGAAGCCGAAACAUUGACAAGCAAGCUGCUUCUACUUUCACUAAUCUAAACGCUAACACUUCUUUUGGGGGGAGGGGGAAGUUUGAGCCAGCUGCUUCUACUUUGUUUUGGAGUCGUCGUUUUACUUCAGUGAGUAAGUUUUUCAAAUUAGCUCCAAUUGUCGACUCAGUCAACCAAGUAGGUCAAGGCUCGGUAUGGUCAAUCCCGAUUUGAUAUGUCGGUUUCACAUCAGUUUAAGUCAACAAAUCAAUGUUCGAGUUGGCGAUGUGAGCUUAAAAUUCGUAUACAUAAUAAUAUUGUCUUGGUAAAUUUGUACUUUUUCACGACCCGAUAAAUAAAUAAUAAGCCAAUGAUUUUUUUACCGUAUUUCAAAAUAGGAUCACAUUCUUUACUCAAGUAAAGCGUUGGAUACCGGUAGACUCAGUCUUUGUGUCCAAUUUCUCUUUUGCAGAUAAUGAUUGUGUCAGAGAAACAACCGAAACCCCUGAACCUCGACCUACGAGUGGGAACAAAGAGUUUAAUCGACGAUCCACCAGUCAGGCGUCGGCUUUACACCGAUCCGACUCUAAAGGAGAGGUUAGAUUAGAGGGGUCAUUUUUCAAGCACGAAUAGAAAGAUCUUGGGCUAUAAUAUUAAACUGAAACUGGGAUUAUCCGCUAAGAAUUAUUGUAGAGCUGUUUAUGAAUGUCCCUAUGGUGGACUUUAUUUUACCAAAGAUGUUGACAUCGUGAACUCCCAGCCAUUUAUGUGUUGGUCUCUACCAGGGACGGGCACCAAAGUUCCAUUACUAGUAUGAAGAAGUGGAUGGAGUCCACGUGGCCCCAUAUGAAGCAGUUGCCGGUGUUGCACUUUUUCCAGCGGCACCAAAGCAUUGGCCUUCAUAGAGAGGUUUGUCAUAUGCUGGAUUCGAUCGCAUCUGUCAUGUUGUAGUUUGUUGGUAGAGAGAACAAAAGGACGACUCAUUUGGUAGCUAGAAAGGCCCUAUUGAUGUCACUCCGAGCCUUUUAUGGGUUUGACUUAGAUUCCUGUUUACGUUCUCGGUUCAUGUAAUUCGUAUGUAUCUGGAUCGUUAGUUCAUCUUUAAUGAGAGAUCUAUUGGGGAAAAAAAAGACAGAAAGCAC